AUGCGCAUCGACCGCCUCUCCACCGGCCAAGCACUCACCCAGAAUGGGUGCGGCAUGCAGAUGGCCACGGCCUCGCCGCUGGCGGGCGCGUGGAUCGACGCGUACGAUGGUCAUCACCCGAUCGUCGACGUCGGCUGUGCGUACGGCCUCGCGGUGAAAGAGGCGGCGGCGCGCAGCGUGCCGGUUUUGGCCAUCGACUGCUGCGAGGAGCACCUAGAGGCGGUGCGGCACACCUGCGCUGGCCUUCCCUCAUUUGAAGGCGCGCGCUUUGGGAGAUUGCCUGAUGACCUGUCGCUGCCUGCGGCGUCCGCUUCCUCGAUUCUGGUCGCGGAGGUCCUCCACUUCUUGAACGGCCCACAGUGCGACCGCGCGCUCGCGGCCCUCCACGCCACGCUCGUGCCGGGCGGCCUCCUCUUCGUCACAGCGCAGUCCGUGGAGGGGUUUCUCAAGGUGGUCUUUCCCGACGGCAAUGCUGAGGCGCGGCGGGUCCGCGACGGCGUCGCCAAGCGUGCUGCCGCUGGAGAGCGCUGGCCCGGCACAUACGUGAUGGAGUCGGAGGACGUUGAUCUCGAGCAGAUCUACUCGGGCGUACUCCGGGAGAGCGUUGGCGCGCAUCUGCCGCCCGAAGCGCUGCGCGCGGCGACGCCGAAGUACGAAGUGGUGCACACGGCGCAGCACCUGAGGGCGGGGGCGGAGCGCGCCGGGCUGAUUGUGGUCUCGGCGGUGGAGACGAGCCACCCCGGCUACCCCGAUGGGGCGGACGUCGUGCAGCUCGUGGCGAGGAGGCCUCUCUGA